AUGGGUAAUUGUAAUAUCAAUGAAAAAAAAGAAGAUCUAAUGGAAAAUAAUGGUAUAUAGAAUUAAUAGGUAGUGGUUUCUGUUUAAAAUUUUCAAUUUAUUGAUGCAAUAGGAAGAGGGGGAUUUGGUAAAGUGUGGAAAGUCCGACAAAAGAAGAAUAAAUAAUUUUAUGCCUUGAAAGUGAUGUCGAAACCCAAGUAUGUUAUACUGAGUUAUGUAGGAUUAUAACAAAGAAAUCGGUGUAAUCAGUGAUGAAUGAAAAAGCACUACUAUGUGGAUUAAAACACAAGUAAGAAGAGAAAAUAAUAUAAGUUUUCUGAUCAACAUGUAGUACUCAUUUCAGGAUCGAGAAUAUUUGUAUUUAGUUAUGGAUUUACUUUCAGGAGGAGAUCUGAGAUAUCACAUAGGAAGGCUUCGGAGAUUUAAUGAGGAACAAACAAGUAUUUGCAAUUGAUUCUAAAAUCUAGAGUUUUUCAGUGCAUGUAUAAUGGUAGCAUUGGAAUAUUUACAUCAACAAGGGAUAUUACAUAGAGACCUAAAGCCAGAGAAUUUGGUGUUUGAUAGCAAUGGUAUUGAAAGGUCAUUCUUCAGUUAGGAUACUUGAGAUUGACAGAUCUUGGUAUAGCAAGAAUUUGGAAACCAGAAAACUCUCAAGACACCAGUGGAACUCCAGGAUACAUGGCCCCAGAAGUGAUGUGUCGUAUGAUAUUGUCAAUUUCUAAUUUAAUAGGACACAAUCAUGGAGUGGCAGUUGAUUAUUUUGCCUUGGGAGUGAUAGUAUAUGAGUGUAUGUUGGGAAGAAGACCAUAUUUGGGAAGAAGUCGUUAAGAAAUAAGGGAAUAAAUGUUAGCAAAGUAGGCAGCUAUAAAGAGGUAGGAAGUACCUCCUGGAUGGAGUUUAGAGGCAGCCGAUUUUGCGAACAGAGUAUGUCUUUAUGAUAAAUGGGGUAGUUACUUUAAAGAAAGCCGUAAAAUAGAUUGGGGAAUAACGGACCUGAUGAAGUGAAGGAACAUCCUUGGUUUAAGGACUUCAGUUGGGAGAAGUUGAUGAGUAAAGAGAUGAUAGCUCCCUUUAUACCGAAUGUAAGGAUAGUUAGAUAGUGAUCAUUAGGGGAAUGAAGACAAUUAUUUGCCAUCGGACAGUAGGAGAGAUUCGGAUGAUACUAUUAACGAGGAUCAAUAGAUGAUGUUAAGAAGAAAUUCGAUACAAAGUAAGAGGAGUGAUUUAUUGUUAGAUUUAUUCAAUGGAUACGAUUUUGACAAUAAUGCCAGUGUUCCAAGCAGUUAAAUUGCCAUUUCGAGUACUUCUUCAUCUCGAGUCACGAAACAACCGACAACUACUACGACACCGAAGUCAGCCAAGUUGGCCUAAAAGCUUAAAAAUUGAUAAUCAUUUUUGCCUUAUAAAUA